AUGAAGAAAACAACAGUUUCAGAACCAUCAUCAAGCAGAAAACGCCCACGAGAUGAAGAAUCCGAAUCCGAAUCCCAACCCGAACCUUUAAAUUCUCUUUCACUAGAGGAGAAUUUCUCUUUUAGUGAUACCAUGGUGGCUCUUCAAAUAAUGCACGCCCAGUUUCCUCACAUUGAAAAGGUUUCCAUCCAGCCUUUUGUUUUGCAAUCACAGUUGUACAGCAGCAUAAAGGACAGGACACAAGUGGAUAGGGAAUUAGAGUCUUUACGAAGGGAUAGAGUAUUGCGGAUAUUUAAGUUAAAUACUGGACAGGAUGAUCAUGCUGUAAUGUUUAUGGAUGACUACCUAAAUCAGAUUGAACAUGUUGUGAAAAGAAUGGAAGUGAAGACUCAAGAUGAUCGUAUGGUUUUUGAAUGGUUUAAGACUCAUGUAAUACAUUCGAAGCUGGAUACCAGCAUUGGUCAUCAAGAGCUCUGUUCACUUCUGUCCAUGGGGGGAAAGGUGAAAGAGGAACAUAUUUCUUUAUUAAUUAAUGCUGGUAUUAUUAUUCGCCAACUUAUUGAUCAAAAUAUGUAUUGGUUUGCAAUUCCAAAUAUUGGUUCAGUGCUCAAAGGUCUCUCGCAGGGCAGAAAGGAGGUUCUCUCAUUCCUCAACCGUAGGAAAUAUAAAGAGAUGAUGUUGACUCCUUUGGAGAAGAAGCGCCUCCGAUUUUCUCCUCUAGAUAUGAGAUUUCAUCUUAGAGAUCUAAUUGGUUCUGGUCACCUCAAAACUGUCCAGACGCCUAGUGGGUUAAUUGUCCGAGUUGCGAAGGAUUGA